AUGGCAGGGGUCGUUCAAAUUCAAGGUCCACCAGAUCCUUCUCUGCCUCAAGGAAACCAAGAUCCUGAUCCAGGAUUGCCUCCAAUCCUAAGUUUCGUGCCGGGUAUCCCUCCUUAUCAACCUGGAACCCCCACUAUUAAGUUUCUGGUAGGGAACAUUUACAGGUAUAAAGCCAACCUUACUCCGAAUAAUGUAUCCAACGUAAUCGUGGUUCCAACAAGGCCUGAAAUGGACCGCUGUACCUACGGGUCGUUCGCAAAGAAAAUCCACGGAAUUGCAGGAAAUACUCUCAAGAUACACAACGACCAUGCGCAUUUUAGAGGCGACAACCCUCGUGUUUCUGUGUUGCAGCAACCAAAUACGGCCUGUAAAUCCCCAGUUCAGGCUCCUAACCAUUCGUGGGUCGUGAUGGUCAACGCUCCUACACGCUAUAGAGAUGGUGCCGUCCGUGGCCGGUACACAGGGAACGGUGAGGACUUGCGAGCCUCUCUUGACAACUCCCUGGCACAACUGUUACUUCCUCCCCACCACAACAUACCACCUGCUGUGUUGACCAACAACCUCCCUCCAGAGAUCAUCACCAUCAUGAAUGCAUCGCCUCCGGCCGGUGGAUACGACAUCUCUAUUCCGUACUUUGGACACUUGGGAUACUGGAUACACGACCGUUUCUCUACGAUAUUGAUGGAGUUCAUUCAUCAUUCGUUUUUCGACCCCAAUACUCCUGCCGCCACUCGAGCGGCCAAUUGCGCAGCUGUCAAUUCCAUCGCCAUUAUCAUCAACAGGACUCCAAAAGCCGCUAUACGUCCUGCUACGAGAGCAAUGAAAGCCGCGUGGACGGCGGUUUGGCCUACCGGCUCACCACCGCUCCCACCCCCACCAGCUGGUGGUGGUGGUGGCGGCGGCGGCGGAGGGGGAGGGGGAGGGGGAGGCGGUGGAGGAGGCGGCGGAGGUGGAGGAGGUGGUGGAGGAGGUGGAGAUGGUGGAGGUGGUAACGGCGGCCCUGGAACUGGACUAGGAGGGCAAGGAGGCCCAGGUACUGCUGGAGGAUCCCCUGGCUCAGACUCUAUGCCGCCUCCUGGAAAUACCAACACAGCAUUCGGAAGAUCUCCAGCAGUGAAGGGAAGAACUGGAGGAUCUCGUCGAAGUGGUGGGAGCGCUGAAAACGGACAAUCCAGACUCAUGGGAAAUGUUGGUAAGCCUGGACAAGGAAAGGUUGCGAAGAAGAAUGCAAGUAAAGCACGACGUGGAGGUUCGAGGGCUUGA